CUUUAUUCCGCGGUCCUGUGCUGUCCUGGGUUAACCUGAAAGUAAUCCCUGAGAUUCCUCUUUCUGGCUUUCGGGGAGCCAGGGACACACCGGAGGCCGGAUUCUCAGCUCUGCAGGAGCAGGCCUGGGCCGGAAAAGCCCAGAGGGCAGAGAGAGCAGUGCUGGGGAUUCCAGAAAGGCGUCCGGUCGGAGGGGACCUUGGAGCUAGGGUCUGAGGAGGAGUUUGUCAAAUGAAGAAGGGUAUCCGAGGAGGAGGGAACGGCGGGAGCGAAAGCUGGGGGAGGGGCGAGACACUUGGAGAGUUCUGAGAACACAUGUAGGAAUCUUCCCAGAGAUUUGGACUAGACUUUACCAGGGCCAGGGCGUGAGUUCCCCGGACCCCUUCCGUCUGCGCCCCUGAGAUCUCUUGCGUCGCCUAAAGCUUUGGAGUGGCCCGAUGGAAAAUACGGGACUCGAACCCUCGUCUCGGUGUAAUUCCCACGGCCCUGGGCCAUGCGUGGUUCUUCCUCCCACCCUUCAUUUCCGGUGUCUCGGAUUCUCACUGUUCUAGGAUCCUAAAAAUUCGGUCUAAGGUUGCCGGGGGAACGCCAUUUCGCGGCACCCCCGCGUGCAGCCCCUCCCCGCCUCUUGCCCUGUCACCAGCCAAUAGAAACGAAGAUCUUCAGUGAGUGGGCAGUACGUCUUCUAAGGGGCCCAAUGAUGAUCGGGAAUCGUUGAGCAUUUUACCAGUCACGCCGCGGAGUAGGCGGGGCCUCCUGUCAGGACUAGAAGUCACCCAGGCUGAGAGGGUAGGCGGAUCGCCGGUUGUGAAUCCAUGUGGCGGGGGCUGUGGACCCUGGUAGCCCGGGCCGCACGUGGGCCUCGCAGUCCCAGACCGUGCACGCGCCAGGGCAGCGGCGUCUCGGUCCCCGGUUCCGGGGCCACUAUCUUCGCGCUGAGUUCCGGCCACGGCCGCUGCGGCAUCGCGGUGAUCCGAACCAGCGGCCCCGCCAGCGGCCACGCCCUCCGGAGCCUCACGGCGCCCCGGGACUUGCCCCCGGCUCGCAGCGCCUGCCUGCGCCUGCUCAGCCACCCCCGUUCCGGGGAGCCGUUGGAUCGCGCGCUGGUGCUCUGGUUCCCAGGUCCCCAAAGUUUCACGGGUGAGGACUGCGCCGAGUUCCACGUGCAUGGAGGCCCGGCGGUGGUGAGUGGCGUCCUGCAGGCCCUGGGUAGCGUGCCAGGGCUGCGGCCAGCGGAGGCCGGGGAGUUCACCAGACGGGCAUUCGCCCACGGGAAGCUGAGCCUGACCGAGGUGGAGGGGCUGGCGGAUCUAAUUCAUGCGGAAACCGAGGCGCAGCGGCGGCAGGCGCUGAGACAGCUGGACGGAGAACUGGGCCACCUCUGUCACGGCUGGGCCAGGACCCUCACUAAGGCCCUGGCUCAUGUGGAGGCCUAUAUCGACUUUGGUGAGGAUGACAACCUGGAGGAGGGCGUCCUGGAGCAAGGUGGGUCCUCCAAGGGAUGGGGACAGCUGGUAUCUCAGCCCCCGGAGGCCCCCUCACUCCCUCCCCUCCGCUUUCUUCCAUCCACAGCUAACAGCGAAGUGCGGGAGCUGCAGCUGGCACUGGGCGCACAUCUUCGAGAUGCCAGGCGCGGGCAGAGGCUUCGCUCAGGGGCGCACGUAGUGGUCGCAGGACCCCCCAACGCUGGCAAGAGCAGCCUGGUGAACCUACUCAGCCGGAAGCCUGUGUCCAUAGUGUCUCCGGAACCCGGGACCACCCGCGACGUGCUGGAGACCCCCGUGGACCUGGCCGGGUUCCCGGCGCUGCUGAGCGACACGGCGGGGUUGCGGGAGGGCGCUGGGCCCGUGGAGCAGGAGGGCGUGCGGCGCGCCCGGGAGAGGCUUGAGCAGGCUGACCUCAUUCUAGCCGUGCUGGAUGCUUCUGACCUGGCCUCUCCGUCCAGCUGCAACUUCCUGGACACCGUUGUCGCCCCCGCAGGAGCUGGGAGCCCCAAUGGGAACAGCCAGCGCCUCCUGCUGGUGCUGAACAAAUCGGACUUACUGCCUCCAGGCGGCCCCGAUCCCAGUCCCAACCUGCGCCCGCACCUGCUGCUGUCCUGCUUGACCGGAGAGGGGCUGGAUGGCCUCCUGGAGGCGCUGAGGAAGGAGCUGGCCCAAGUGUGUGGGGACCCGUCCACAGGCCCACCGCUCCUGACGCGUGCAAGGCACCAGCAUCACCUACAGGGCUGCCUGGACGCUCUUGGCCACUACACGCAGACUAAGGACCUGGCCCUGGCUGCUGAGGCUCUGCGACUCGCCCGGGGGCACCUGGCCCGCAUCACCGGCGGAGGGGGCACUGAGGAGAUCCUGGAUAUCAUCUUCCGGGACUUCUGCGUGGGCAAGUGAGGGGACCCCUGGAGCUCUCAGCCAGGCAGAGUGGAUGCCCAGAAGCCUUGAAGCAUGUGGGAAUAGCUGAGGCCAAGUGAGACUCUCCAUCCCUGGGGGAAGAACCUGACUCCAGAACAAUGAAGCAAAGCCGCUGUCUUCAGAGGUGGUGAGCUCGCUGUGGCUGGCGGUGACCAAGCUACGGCCAGCCAGAUUCCCUUGCAGGGACAUGCCAGGGGUUCAAGCCGCUCUGGAGUGGAACCGCUUUGGGUGCCUGAUGCUGGAGGAGCAGGGGUGGAAGGCUGGGAUGGAGGUGGAGGGCCUCAGAGUUCUUUGCUUUGUGGUUUUUAAUUUAUUUUGCAAAUACCAAAGGCAUAUAAAAAAUUCAGGUGAUUCAGAAAUGCUUAAACACGGAAGACUCUGUCCCCCCACAUCCCUUGGGGUCACAGCUUAACUUGUGUCCUCCCAAAAUUUCUCUGCUCUUUUGCAUACUUGUGGAUACACCCAUAAAAUAUACGUUUUGUAUUUUGUACAGACA